AUGAUAGCAGAAAGGUUCAAGUUUCAACAGAGAACACAACGUGCUGACGAAUCUGUCACCGAAUAUAUGGCACAGCUGAGACGAAUGACUGAGCACUGUAAGUUUGGAGAUCAGUUAGAUGACACAUUGCGCGAUCGGUUUGUGGCAGGCAUUCGCAGUGUAGCCAUUCAGAGGAAGUUGUUAUCGCAAGAUAACCCCUCCCUGGCCGACGCUCUCGCGACUGCCCAAGGAAUGGAAGCGGCCGAGAACCAGUCGGGUCAGCUUAGGCAGGCUACAGGUCUACCGAAUGCAAGCAGUGAAGGGACGUCAAGGGAUGUCCAUGCCUUGAUGAAGAAGUCCAACGGUGCCAAACAAGGUAUGAAAGCAUGCUAUAGGUGUGGGGAUAAGAACUACCGGGUUGAUAAAUGUUUUCAUAAGACUAAGGUAUGCAAUAAGUGCAACUGCAUGGGCCACAUUGCGAAGGCAUGGAGGUCGUCGAUGGCUAAGAAAAGUGAAGGACAGUCGAAAGAGAAAUCGACGCAUUAUGUUGACGAUCACCUAGAGGAGGCCUCGGGUGAUGGGGAGACAAGUGAUGAGUCAUGCAUGAUUUAUGCCAUUACCAAGAAAGGGGAUGGUAGCUGCGUGACCUCUCUCACGGUCAACGGAACAGACGUUUCGUUUGAAAUCGAUACGGGCUCCGCAGUAACGAUCGUUUCCCGUCGAGUAUGGGCACGGGAUCUUGGUAAAAUGUCUUUGUCCAAAAGCAAGGUGCAACUAACAACCAUAACGGGGGAAUCAGUCAAAGUUAUGGGAGAAUGUGUGAUUCGUGUUCAACAUAACCACCAAGAUCUCUCUCUACCUCUUUUGGCUAUGGAUAACAAUGGCCCAUUACUGCUAGGGCGGAAUUGGCUAUCGUGUGUCAAAAUUGAUUGGCCACAUGUGAAUCGCGUGGCAUCCGUAGAUCAGUUGCAGCAACUACUGACCAAAUAUGAAGACCUAUUCAAACCAGGAAUAGGGUCGUUGAAGGGAUAUUCUGCGAGCUUAGCUGUAGAUCCGAAGGCCCCGCCUCGUUUUCAUACAGCUAGAGGUAUACCCUAUGCCUUGAAGGAAUCCAUAGAUGAAGCCUUGGAAAGGAUGAAAAGGCUAGGAAUUAUUGAGCAUGUAGGAACUACUGAGUGGGCCUCGCCCAUUGUUCCCGUGCCAAAGGCGGACGGAAGAGUUCGAAUUUGUGGAGAUUUUCAAGUCACAAUCAACCCCGUCUUGGAAGUAGAGCAGUACCCUCUUCCUAGACCAGAGGACCUAUUUGCGACGUUGUCAGGAGGUCAGCAAUUUUCAAAAUUGGAUCUGGAAUGCGCGUACGUGCAAGUGGAAUUGGAUGAGAAAUUCAGGUCGUCUGUGACUAUCAACACGCACAAGGGGCUAUUUAGGUAA